UUUCAGCAUUCGCAUGAACAUCACAUGGAGAACAUGUCCGAGCAGAGCGCACAGGGUCCGGAGCCCGUCCCGGAGCCCGGUCCGGAGCCCGGUCCGGAGCCCACCCGGCCCGCCGCGGCCCUCCACCAGAAUCGCGUGUUUCUGGACCUGUUUUGGGACCUGGCCAAACCCGAGCAGGAGGUCCGGCUGCGGGCUGUGGACAGUCUAGUCCAGUACCUCCAGACCAACAAUAAGGAGGAAGAGCUGGAAUACACUCUGAAGCGCCUGGUAGAUGGACUGUCCCACAGCAGAGAGAGCGCCCGGCCCGCCUUCAGCCUGGCCCUGGGGCAGGUGCUGAGUGCUUUUAAAGACAUCUCGCUGCUGCAGACUCUGGACAGGAUCCGGGUUAAGUACAACCUCCUCACUGUCAAGAAGAAGCUCCAGAGAAGUGCCAUGUUUGGGAGCCUUUUUGGGGUCUUGGCUCUGCACCAGUCAGGCCGCCUCACACAGGACCCUCAGGUGGUGGUGGCCUGUGUGCAGCUGCUCCAGAGUCUGACCCCUCACAGACAGCACCUCAAGGACCUACCCACCAAAACCAUGAUGGACAUCCUCAACCAGGUGGAGGAGGAGGUCUUUGAGCAGGUCCUGUUCUCAGCGCUGCAGUCAGAUCUCUCCACCCCCUUCAAGACUCCAGAGCAGCUGCACCUUCUACUGGUGGCUCUGCAGCGCUUCCCUCACACGCUCAAACCCAAGAAACUCAAGAAGCUGCUGGGCUUCUCCACCAUCAUCCACCAGGACAAUGUGCCCAGGCUGACAGAGCUGUUGAAGACGGUGGCUAACUCUGUGAAGAAGGAGCAUGUUCUACCUCCAGUCAUGUUGGACCUGCUCAAACUGUCCCUCAGAGAAGACAGCUUCCAACUCUUCUGGACCAAAGUCAUCAGUGAGGGCCUGCUGAAGGAGCCUCCAGGGCCUUGCCAUUACCUGAGCUUCCGUUUGUUGGGAGCCGCUCUGCCUCUUUUUUCAGACGCCCAGCUCCAGGACGUUCUGAAGGGGGACCUGAUGAGGCAGUACGGCCUGCAUUUGCUCUCCUCACAGAAGCCUGGACGGUUCCAGUUGGCUCCAGAGAUGGACAUGUACGUGUCCACCUUCCUACAGGGCUGUGAGGACGCGGACAGGCAGCUGCUGGUGUUGAGGGGCUUUUCCUCUCUGUGUAACCAGGGCUGCCCCUUGGUGCCCCCCUCCUGGAAAGUGGUGCAGCAUCUCCAUCCCUCUGCGCUCCAGGCCUACACUGCCUGGCUCUUUGACAUGUUCCUCAGGCCUCAGCACCACCUGCUGCUGGAUGUGAACACCAAGAAGCCCCGAGAUGAGAAGGAAGACAGGCCGCCCUGGGUUCACCGCUUAAGGAAGUGGAUUGGCGCGCGGCUCGUGGCGCUGGUGGACAACCAGCAGCUGAAGAAAGAGGAGGUCAUGGUGCUACAGGUGUCCAGGUUCCUGCUGUUCCACGCCUUCUUCUCGACCACAGCGGUGUGUGCAGAGGUGCCAGAGAGCGCAGAGCAGCUGUCUGUGCCCCUUCAGGAGGAAACCAGGGCCACAAUGGCAAACUCAUUCUUCAGCCUGCUGCUGUCCCUGCACCACCUGCCCCAGGAGCAGGGCACAGAGGAGGAGAGUGCCCCCCACAGGAGGCCACAGGGCGUGCGGGCGGAUGGCAGCAUGUGGAUCUGUCACAUUUUUGAGUUUGCUCAGAUGCUCCUGCAGCAGCAGCAGCAUGUGGAGCCAGGCCCUGCAUUCGGCCCCGCGCAGAGGGACGCCUGGGACAGCCUGCUGCAGUCUGUGUCCAGCCUCAGGAAGAAGAUGAAGAAAGUUCCGAGCCCAGAGAACAAGGCCUUCCUGCAGCUCUUCCUCCUGGUCGGCCUCCACCUCUUCAAGGCCCCUGAGGAGAUGUUGGACAUCAUCCGUGACCUGCAGAGCUGUGUGGAGCGCGCCAACAAGAAGAAGCGCCGCAGCAAACCAGGCGAGGAGGAGGAGCCCGCCUGGAUCGAGGUCCUGGUGGAGCUGCUGCUGUCUCUGCUGUCUCAACCCAGCAGACACAUGAGGCAGGUCUGCAAGAUGGUCUUCAGUUCUGUGUGUCCUCACAUCACCGAGCCCGCCCUCAGCGCCAUCCUCAAGGUACUGGAACCAGAGCUGGACGAGGCGGACAGCGCACUCCUCAUCACUGACGACAACCCAGGCCUCAGCAGAGAGGAAGAGGAAGAAGAGGAGGAAGAGGACAAAGAGGAGCAGGGCGAGGAGGGCGAGGAGGGCUCACAGGUACAAGAGGAGGAGGAGGGCACAUGGGAGGAGGGCUCUGGCUCGGACUUGGACGAUGAAGAGAAUGUUGACGCUGAUGAUGAUGAAGAUGAGGAUGAAGAGGAGCUCCAGGAGGACGUGGACCCGGAGUUUCGCCUGCGCCUCAUGAAGGUCCUGGAGCAGCAGAAUGCUCUGGCCAAAGAGGAGGACAGCAGUGGGGACGAGGACCUGGGCGAUGAGGAGAUGAUGAAGCUGGAUCAGAGCCUGGCUGCAGUCUUCUCUGAGCAGAAGAAGAAGACCCAGGCCAAGAAGGACGAGAAGUCCAAACUCAAGAAGGAGAAGCUCCUCAUUCGGGACUUUAAAAUCAAGGUUCUGGACUUGGUGGAAGUAUAUGUGUCCCGUCAGUGUGGCAGUCCCCUGGUGCUGUCCCUGGUGCAGCCUCUGCUCACUCUGAUUGAGAGGUGCAUGGGCUCAGACAGAGAGCUGCACGAGCAGGACCUCCUCCGCAGGACGGCCCACAUCCUCAGAAACAAGUUGUUCCGUGCUAAAGUGUACUGCCGCUGUGUGGAGGACAGGACUCAGGAGCUGCAUGAUCUGCUGGAGACACUGCUCCACAAGACCCUCAAGCUGCACGACUCCUCUGUGGCCCUUUACUACUUCAGUGCCUGUUUGUACCUGGUCAAAGUGCUGCGAGGAGCUCCUCCGUCCAAAGACUCAGAGGAGGACACUGCAGACAGCGUGCGCUGGAUGGGCAGUGUGGACCAGCAGCGAGUGUCGUCCCUGUUCAGAGCUGCCCUCAGUUCCUUCUUCAGCCGCAGGAAGACCCCGCUCACCACGCAGAUGUUCUCUGACCUCUUCACACGCUUCCCGGUGCUGUGUGUGGACCUCCUGGACACAGCUGUUGAAAACAUCACUGCAGGCGUCAGGGAACAUCAGCGGGGCCAGGCGUGUGUGCUAGUGCAGCAGGCGCUGCAGAACCGGGACGUGCAGAUGCUGCUCACUGGUGACCCCUGGACCCAGCUCUGCACCAGAGUCACAGACCAGCUGGUGCUGAGUGUGCAGCAGAUGUGUGGCUCCGAGCAGAAGGCCUUGAAAGACAAACUGCAACAAGUCCUGGAGCUGUGUCAGUGUGUUCUGGGACAUGCCCACAGACAGAAGCUGCCUCUGUCCCUGGAGCCACUGCAGACUUCUCUGCAGGAGCUGAGCAGCACCGUGAACUUGAACCGGACGGGCCGCCUGGAGGACACGUAUUGGGCUGUGAUGAGGAGGUUUGGAGUCCUGAAACCUAAAGCUGAAAAGGUUAAGCCAAACCCGGCAGACGAGCCAAAGACUGCUCCCAAAAGGAAGAAGAAAGGCUUCUUACCGGAGACUAAAAAACGUAAGAAACGCAAAGUCCUGGAAACCACAGACUCCACAGGCAACAUCCAAGAGGCCCACAAGCAGAGCAACAAGGAUUCUAAGAAGGAGUCUAAGAAGGACUCUAGGAAGGACUUUAAGAAGAAGGCGAAGAAGCGACCAGCAGGGACAGUAUCUGUCCAGGACAGUCCACCCAAAAAGAGCAAACCCCUCCAGAAGAAGAAGAAGAAAGAAAAAGGGAAAGGACAGAAGAGCCAGACCCAUGGUUGAAGCGCAGUGAGGGGCAGCACAGCUCAGCUCAGGUUGGCCUCUCUGCUGUGGCCUUCGGUUUUGUUCCUAGGUAGUACAUCAAAUGGUGGAUAAUAUUAUAUAAAGCUGUAUAAAAUAGCUGAAAAAAGCCCAAAUGGACCUGUUGUAUCGUUCAGAUAAGUCAGGUUUUAGCACAUUUAGGAAUUGGCUGAAUAUCUUCUCUUAUCCUGAAUAUCCUGACUCUUCAAAAACUCAGUAGUCAGUUUUGUCCACAAGGCCCAUCCCAAGAGUGGAGGAAGAGGACGGACGGCAUGAACCAGCAGGGGCCAUGUGUACUGUAAACUGUGUGGGAUUUUUGUUUGUAUUAAAAAUAUGGUAAAAAUAUUUUGUUUGUUGGAACGUUUAAGGCGAGACACAGCAAAUGAAUAAGAAAGAAAUCUUAUAUUUAGAGAGUCCAAUAUGAAACUUAUUGUGUAGUUUUACAUCAUUGUAAGUAAAAAGGUGUGUGUAUAGGUUUUUCAUCAUGUGAUGUAAUUGCCAAAAUGUGACAUAUUUGAGACUGAAAAAUGGACAAACCCAGGUUUAAAUUUCUUGCUUCAUUUGGAGUUAAACUUCAAUAAAUCAGGCUUGGAAUUAGAUAUCAAUAAAUCCUUAGUACAAUCUGUCAAAAUCUUAAGAUGAGAGAAAAAUGUAUUUUGAGUCAAGGACCUUUGAAUUUAUAAUGUCCCACAUAAAUCUAUGUCUGCAAAUUGAUUAAAUAAAAAAGGCAUUUUGCUGCA